AUGGCGGUCGCAGCGGGAAGGUUGCUCCGGGCCGCGGUUGCCCGACACGUGAGUGCCAUUCCUUGGGGCAUCUCUGCCUCUGCAACCCUCAGGCCUGCUGCUUCUCGAAGAACAUGCCUGCCAAAUGUAUUGUGGCCUGCUUCCAGUCAAGCAACAUCCGCCUUCAGCACCAGUUCCUCCCGUCACGCUCCUGCCGUCACCCAGCACGCACCCUAUUUUAAGGGCACAGCCGUUGUCCAGGGAGAGUUCAAAGAACUAAGCCUUGAUGACUUUAAGGGGAAAUAUUUGGUGCUCUUCUUCUACCCUCUGGAUUUCACCUUCGUGUGUCCCACAGAGAUCAUCGCUUUCAGCGACAAAGCCAACGAGUUUCACGACGUGAACUGUGAGGUCGUCGCCGUUUCCGUGGACUCCCACUUCACCCAUCUCGCCUGGAUCAACACCCCGAGGAAGAAUGGCGGUUUGGGCCACAUGAACAUCCCGCUGUUGUCAGAUUUGACUAAGCAGAUUGCCCGAGACUACGGUGUGCUGUUAGAAGGUCCUGGUCUUGCGCUAAGAGGCCUCUUCAUCAUUGACCCCAAUGGAGUCAUCAAGCAUCUGAGUGUCAAUGACCUCCCGGUGGGCCGAAGCGUGGAAGAGACCCUCCGCCUGGUGAAAGCAUUCCAGUUUGUGGAAGUCCAUGGAGAAGUCUGCCCAGCAAAUUGGACCCCGGAUUCCCCUACGAUCAAGCCGCAUCCAACAGCUUCCAAAGAAUACUUUGAGAAGGUAAACCAGUAG